UUUUAUAAAAACGGCUUAUAAGACUAAGUGGUUUGUAGUCUUUUGUUGUUGCUGAAUCCAUAGAUAUAAGUUUAAGAAAAGACAUAUUCAAUCUUCAGUCAAGCUUCUUUUUAUUGUAAAAUUCGUUAAUAGCUGCCAUUACCUCCACUUUCAAAAAACUCCAACAAGCUCCAUAAAAUUCAAUGAUAUAUCCAUCGGGGCCAGGUGCUUUAUUAGUACCACAUCUCUUCAUAGCCAACAUCACCUCUUUUUCAUCAAAAACUCUUUACAACCAAUUUCUUUGAGUGUCAUCCAAAGAAUAAAGCCCAUGUUAUCAAAUAAAGGAUUUACUGAAUUAGUGGCAGUAAAAAGAUUGGUAUAAUAAUCAUUUAUCUCCUCCCUAAUGGAUUCUUGAUUAAAAACAUCCAUACCAUUUAUCUCCAGAUUUGUUAUAUAGUUUCUUCUUCUCUUUGCAUUAGCAAUCAUUUAGAAGUAAUGUGUAUUCUUAUCCCCCUCUUUAAAACCUUUGACUUUGGCUCUCUGAAAUGUCAUUCUUGCUCUUGUUAGCUAAAAACUAUCGAGUUUAACUAACAAAUUAGCUCUCCUGUAAUUUCCCUCUUGACAAAGCUGCAUUCUCCUCAGCUGAGUUCAAGGUUUUUAUUUUUCGCUCAUCCUCUCUCCAAAACAGCUCUCCAAAAUAAUCGUUAAAAGCAUAAUGAUUUAAAGUGAACUCAUCUGGAAAUUUAAAGUGAAUUCUUUUCCUUUUCUUUUUGUUUUGAAUUGGAAUUCUUUUCCUUUUAUUUUUGUUUUGAAUUGGGCCUCACUGCCUUUUCCCUAACCUCACUAACUAUAUCACAAAAUAUAAUAACGGCGCCCCAAGAACUCUCCCUCUUAUUGUCGUUUGGAGUCUCUGGAUUGCUGGGAACAGAAGCAAUUCUUGGGAUAAUCCCAAGGAUCAAAUAUGGAAGAUUACAUGCCGUUAGUUAGGCAAGACAGCUGUCCCGACCAUAUCGAUAAGCACAGAGGGUUCACGAGAGUCUGGGUACAGACGAUCCGGACCCAACCAUUCCUGUUUCCAUAUCGACUACAAGCCUAACUAUAAAUAGGGAACAAGGGUUGUUCUUCUGAAGACACAAAAUCGUGAGAAACCGCCGAUCAGAACAGUUUCCCAAAACUAAUACGAAGAAGAAGAAGAAGAAAGAAAGAAGAAGAAGAAGAAGAAGAAGAAGAAGAAGAAGAAGAACGACCAUGUUUGGUGAAUUUGAUCCGAAAUACAGUAAAUACUCGGAUGCUCAUAGGGAUUUGAUGGAAAAAGUUCUGGACAAUUGGAAACUUCGGGACGAGGAAGAAAAAUUCAAGGUGCUUCAUGAUUACCUGAGCGAUGUACACAUCAAUUCUUAUUUUUAUGAAUCCACUGAAGAUUUGCUCACCGAAUUAAGGAUCCUAAAAAGAAUUAAUUGUAUUCUCGGUGCUGAUCACCGUGAAUUACUGGCCACUUAUCGCAGUGGCGACAUUGAAUUUUAUAAGGUCCAAAAAGAAUUUUUCAAGGUGAAAACCAUAAUGUUGGAUUUUUUAAAAUCACAAAUGAAAAAUGCCACAAUAUCGGAAUUUUUAAGGUCUCUUGCUGAAUUUCCGGAGGAGGAGUUUUCAUCUUCACAAAUAAAAGAUGCUACAAUGUUGGAUUUUUUAAAGUCCCUUGUCCAUCUUGAUCUUCCAGAAGAACGUAAAAACUGGCUGCUGCAGAAUUAGUGGGAAAUGACAUCACCAGUGCCUGUGAGGAAAGCAAAACGUCGGAAAACGUUUUCGCCGAGAAAUUACAGCGUCUGGGAGUGGAGAUCCGAGAAGACAAUUUAACAAAUGACGGAGAUCCAUGUACCGAUAUGGAUUCACUCAAAAAACGCUUAAAGGUUAUGGAGAAUGAAGUCAGGGAGAAGUCUGAUAAUUUACGACAAAUGUAUGAUUGUCCAAUUCAUGCUUGUGUGAGAUAUGAACACUUCGUAAAAAGUUUUAUUCAGCAGUUGGAUAUGCAUGUUACGGCUAUGUCAAGAUGAAAAUUGAAUUGGAUUUAUGAGUCUAAACUACGUCAUUAUCUCAAAAUAGUUUUUUUUAAUUUUUAAAUGCAAAUGCCAUCUCAAGAACAAGAUGAAAAUUGAAUUGGAUUUAUGAGUUUAGUCUAUGUCAUUAUCUCAAAAUAGUGUUUCUGAUGAGGAUAAAACUACAGGCCAGAAGAACAAUAUCACAAUUACUAUUAAUAAAGGAAGGUUGUUGAAGGAGGAAAUUGAGAAGAUGGUGCAAGAGGCAGAAAAGUACAAGACGGAGGAUGAACAACACAAGCAGAAAGAAAGUCGAGCCGAAGAAUGCUUUGAAAACUAUGCUUACAAUAUGAGGAAUACAAUAAGGACGAGAAGGUUGCUGGGAAGUUAGCACCAGCUGACAAGAAGAAAAUCCAGGAUGCUAUUGAAUCUGCCACUCAGUGGCUUGAUGCCAACGAGCUAGCAGAGGCGGAUGAAUCUGAUGUCAGGAUGAAAGAGCUGGAGAGUGUUUGCAACCAAAUUACUGCUAAGAUGCACCAAGAUAGUGCUGGACCUGACAUGGGUGGUUUUGGUGGGAUAUGACCGACUGCUUGGAGGUCUGAUGGAGGGGAUUCAUUUUAUUUAGGUCACUUUAAUUUAAUAUUUAAGUUUGAUUUUUCUCUAAGAAAAUGAUGGUACUGAUUGAACUUUAUAGAUAUGCUUAAUGGAAAUAUUUCAGUUUUAGUUUGUUGAAUUUUUCAA